ACCCCUAAGAGAGUUGGAGCCUACUGUAUACUCUAUAAUUAUAUUAAAUAAAUAAUUUACAGUAUUCACCAGUCAUUUCAGUCCCUGAGUCCUACUCUAUGUGGCUGUUUAAUAUGAAUUUAAUGCAUGUUAUUCAUUAACCUUAAAGGUAAGGCUUGACUUUUUUAAGUGGGUGUGGUCUAGUAUGGUGAGCAGCCCUUGUUACAUCACUGUGAGUUCACUUCUUGUUUGAGUUCAUUCUGGAGCUCUAUGACUAGAGAUCUAUGUUUUCCUUGGAUUGUAAAAUGGGUUGUGAGGGAAGUGUCAUGGAGGACCCUGAUAACGAAUAUGACUCCACAUGGGAUGAUGAGUAUGGAGAUCAGAAGUUCAGCAUGAUGAGGGUAACUAAGCAUCGGACACGGACAACACAAAGAAACCUGGUGGCUGCUAGAGAUAUGCAAAUGUUCAGGCAUAGGUGUGAAAAAAACAGACCAGUUUAUCAGCAUGGUCAAGAAUCUCAUUUACCUAAUUUGGAUUUCUAUCAGAAUAAAACUCCAUCUCGCCCUGAUGGUGUAUAUAUUGAAGAUUUUCACAAACACUGGUUUGGUGAUUACACAAAGCUGGAAAAAGUGCACUCCUACAUUCAGUGGUUGUUUCCAACUCAAGACCCAGGGGUAAAUUAUUGUGCACAUGUCCUUACUCCAACAGAAAUUAUGCAUUUCCAUGAGGAUAACACAGUAAAGAAAAGACUGUUAAAGUCUUACAAGCUCAUGUUGGACUUCUAUGGCAUAAAACUUGUCUGUGAAACAACUGGAAAGGUGCAAUGUGCAAGAAACUGGAAAGAACGAUUUGAAAACCUAAACAGAAACACCCACAACAAUCUUCGCAUUACUCGCAUCCUAAAGUGCCUGGGAUUACUGGGCUUCCGUCACUAUCAAGCACCGCUGGUUGACUUCUUCCUCAAAGAGACCCUGGUGUAUGGCAACCUUCCCCAAGUCAAGCAGAGCGUUAUGGACUACUUUAUCUUCACUGUUUUGGACAAGUCUGAACGAAAAAAGCUGAUCAAAUUUGCCAAACUAAUGAUAGAAAAGAUAGAAAAUGAAAGUCAUUCCCAUGGUUACUUGUGUCCAAGUGACUUACAGUAACACCUCCUGACAGACAGUGUGUCUAACCUGUGAGCUAGCAUUAUCCUGUGUACAACAGCGGUCGUGAUUACCAUAUUUAUAACAAAACUCCAUGUGAAUGGUGCACUUCAGUUAUAUAAACAAGCUGUGAUGCAAUGGUGAAGUUUUUCAGUAUGGUGAAACCAAUGGUUGUUUAGAUAACAGUCAACACUAACUGUAAUUGCAGUGCAAUUUUAGUCAUAGGGAGCCUUUUUUAAAGAAUGAAAUAUUAUCUGAGGGAAUUGUUGAUAUUUCCUAUUGUUCGGUAUCAUUUUGAAUCUCACUGAAUCUUUACACUGUGUGAAUAAAAGACUUAGCUAUGUAGCAAUGUAGGGGUUGAAUUGGGAUAGAGCACAUUCACCUUUGAUUUGUUGGCUUAAACUAUUUUUACAAACAAUAUUUGUACUAUGAAAAAAUAAAAUGCCCCUUUAAUUAGAAGGUAGAAUAAGAUCUGCAAAUAAACAAUUUUAGCCAAAGCUAUGCAUAGAAGAAUAAUUACUUGUCCAAUUUUGAAAAAAAUGGCAUUGAGUCAUUUGGGAGUGGAUUAACCAAAUGAUGACUCACUGAAAAGGAGAAUUUGCAUCACUAUCAGAAAGCAAAACAUAGCCUAUAUGUCACACACACACACACACACACACACACAGUGGUAUUGUAAUUAAACAGUAAAUGAAAAGAUGCAAGUCUUUUCAAACCCCUAACACUGUACUGUUAUUUUUUUUAUUAUUAUUCAUUCAUUAUACGUGGUAGUGAAGAGCUGUUAGAGUGAACUGUUUACACUCUAAGUGCAGUGUAUUUUUUGUGCACUAAUAUCAAAACAAUAUUUUGAUAGACAGUGUAUCAAACUCUGGAGAAGUUCUAUGAUCACACUACAGUAUUUCUAUUGAAUGAGUAAAAGGGGACUGAGAAGCUGGAGAGAUGAGAAAAGAAAAACAGAGGACAGAGAUGAAAAAAGAUGGAAUAGAGAAAUAAAAUUAAUGCUAUUAAUUACUGUAGAUUAGUUAUAUUAAAAUAAACAAUAAACAAAUUUUAUGUACUAACAAUAGUCAUGAGUUCUUCCAGAAGGGACCUUUUAUUAAUGAGCCAAUGUAUUAAUAAAGUGGAAUAACCGCACAUUACUGCCAAUUCUCAAAUCUCAAUUCUUGCUUAUAAUCUUGUGGUUAAUUUUCAUGUUGUCCUUAUCACUUUAUGAAGGUGAGAUAUGGCUCUGUUUCAUCCUUUCUCCACA